AUGGCGGCCGGCGGGUACGGCCGGUACCGGCCUGUGAUCUUCUCGGCCAUGUUCGUCGGGUACACGCUGUACUACUUCAACCGCAAAACCUUCUCGUUUGUCAUGCCCUCUGUCAUGGCCGAGGUGCCGCUGGGGAAGGACGAGCUGGGUCUCAUUACCAGCAGCCAGUCCGCGGCGUAUGCCCUUAGCAAGUUCGUCAGCGGCGUCCUCUCCGACCAGAUGAGCGCCCGCUGGCUCUUCUCCUCUGGCCUGCUGAUGGUCGGCCUGGUCAACGUGGUCUUCUCUUGGAGCUCCACCGUCACGGCCUUCGCGGGGCUCUGGUUCCUCAACGGUUUAGCCCAGGGGCUGGGCUGGCCACCCUGCGGGAAGAUCCUGCGAAAGUGGUUUGAGCCUUCCCAGUUUGGGACUUGGUGGGCAAUCCUGUCUACAAGCAUGAACUUGGCUGGAGGCCUGGGCCCCAUCGUUGCUGCUCUUGUGUCUCUGCACUACGACUGGCGCAUGACUUUGUUCUUCUCUGGCUUCAUCUGCGUGGUUGUCUCUUUUGUCUGCCUUGUCCUGAUUAAAAAUGAGCCAUCAGAUGUUGGGCUACCCAACAUUGAACAAGCAGCCAAGAAGGUGAAGAAAGGUUCCACCAGUGACAAUAGCACUUUGACAGAGCUGCUGCUCUCACCAUACCUCUGGGUGCUCUCAACAGGCUACCUGGUCGUUUUUGGAGUGAAAACGUGCUGUACCGACUGGGGACAGCUCUUCCUGAUCCAGGAGAGGGGACAAUCUGUGCUUGUGGGUAGUUCCUAUAUGAGUGCCUUGGAGAUAGGGGGUCUGGUGGGGAGCAUUGCUGCUGGAUACUUCUCGGACAGAGCAGUAGCAAGAGUGGGUCUGUCCAGCCAUGGGAACCCUCGGCACACACUGCUGCUCUCCAUGAUGGCUGGGAUGUGCCUGUCCAUGUUUCUCUUCCGGGUAACAGUCACGGGCAAGUCUCCCAAGGAAAAUAACUUCUGGACUGUAGCCUUGCAACCCCUAGCUGAUCUUACAGGCCUAAAAGAACAUGAGCUGUGGAUCCUGACCCUGGGAGCUGUGUUUGGAUUCUCCUCAUAUGGGCCAAUUGCCCUGUUCGGGGUCAUAGCCAACGAAAGCGCCCCUGCCAACCUAUGUGGCACGUCCCACGCCAUAGUGGCCCUCAUGGCCAACGUUGGGGGUUUUCUGGCCGGACUGCCCUUCAGUACCAUCGCUAAGCACUACAGCUGGGCCACAGCCUUCUGGGUAGCUGAGAUCACCUGUAUGGGCAGCACUGUGGCUUUCUUCUUCCUGCGGAACAUCCGCACACGGAUGGGCCAUGUUCCCAAGAAGGCUGACUGAGGACGAGCUGCUUGGGGAAAUGGAUGCUCCCACGCUGAUCUGAAUAACACUAGAUUCUGUUUAACUGGCCUAGGAGUGAGCUUGCCUAUUGCUGCAACCUAGAUAAAAAUGUCUCAGUUUCUCAUCUACUGUCACAUGCCUGAGGGCACAAGGUUCCUGCUACUGAUUACUUCCCUUCAGAUCUGAUAAUUCAGGAAGUUUACAUUUGUGAUGAUGAUUUUACUGUACCUCUUCCUCACAGCACUGUGGGAGAAGCUUUGUAGCCCAGGCUUCUCCACUAAGGUACUGUGAAAUGUCUGGCUUCAGGUGCUGCCACAUUUAGUUUUGUCCUCACUGUUCAUCUUGGCCCUUAGCUGUCAAUUCAGCCUCAUUGUCCAGGGCACUGAAGUGAGCCUUGGCCAUGUUUGUUCACCCUGCCUCUGUUUGCUGGGCACAAGCUCCCUGUGUGCUUUGGGCCCUGUGGCCCCAACGGAACAGUGAGCAAUGGUGGCACGGAUGGUGGUGGCAGUGGUGGCGUCUGCUCAGCCUCAUGGCUGAUUUGAGAGCAGCAUGAUUUGAGCAUUACUUGGGGUUAGCUGCUGGGAGCAAGGGAAGUGUUUUCCUCUGGGCGAGCAGCACACCAACAGGGUGCUUGGCCAGGACUCCCCAAAGCACGCAGGAACAGGCACGGUUCCAAGGAAUUCUUAGCAUUCAGGGAAGCUCCUGCUGAAGGGAUCCUGCCCACUGCUGUUCCUGUGCACAGCGUUAAUGAUUUGCCAGGGAGGCAGCUGCUGCUAGGCAGCUCUUAGCAAGCACUCUGCAAGUCAUCCAAGGAAACUGACCCCCAGGAGGUAUUGCAACAGCAGCUACUGCCAGGCACCAGCUGCUGCAGAUGGGCUUUCUGGAAACUCCUAUUUCUAGCAUGGGCUUGUGUUUUUUUUUCAGUACAAUCUAGAAUCAUAGAAUCAGUCAGAACUGGAAGGGACCACAAGGAUCAUCUAGUUCCAACCCCCUGCCAUGGGCAGGGACACCUCACACUAGAUCAGGCUGGCCAGAGCCUCAUCCAGCCUGGCCUUAGAACACCUCCAGGGAUGGGGCCACAACCACCUCCCUGGACAACCCAUUCCAGGGUCUCGCCACUCUCAUGGUGAAGAACUUCUUCCUUAUGUCCACAUCUAGGUUGUUUUGGGUUAAGAGCUGUAUCUCACAGCUGUGGGCACGGGCUACCUUGGGGCUGAGCAGAGCUCCCACCAGCAGCCUUGCAUAGUCAGGCCCAGAGCUCAUCACAAUAAACAGACUCAGGUUCUUAACUGGAAUUUCAUUGAAAAUUCCUGGCUUGUCCCUGGAAAGAUUUACUGCUUUAGGGUCCUUGAAGAGCCAAAUUCCACUUACAAAGGAACUGCACACAGGCUGAACAACUUGGUUGCAAGAGUAGGUAGCCAGACAAUUAAAACAAUGAAAGUGAAUUACAUUUUGUACUCAAUUAUUUAUGAUCUGUGCAAUAAAAGCAGAGC